AUGGGUUGCAUUCAGUCCAGCAAGCGGCGGAGGUUCACGCCGCCGUGGGGGCUGCGCAAGUUGAAGGCGGAGAACGGGUACAACGGCGGAGGCGGAGGCGAUGACGACGAAAAGAAGAACAAAGGUGGCGGCUUCAAUAACAAUGGGGACAAACUUUUCAGCAGCAGCCACUAUGAGAGUCACGAUCAAGUGAAGCCUUUGGAGGAGAUUAUUGUUAACGACGGUGACGACGACAAGAAGGGGACUGACGGGGGUGAGCCCAAAGCCGUGGCGGCGGCGGCGGUGGGGAAGGACGGCGGUGGGAGCAAGUCGCAGAGGGUUGUGUUGAAGAAGAUUGGUGGGGAGGAUUAUGUUGAUGGAUGGCCAAAGUGGCUUGUUGACAAUAUACCAAAAGAUGUGUUGGCUAGUUUGGUGCCCAAAAGUGCUGAUUCUUAUGAUAAGCUUGCCAAGAUUGGACAGGGCACAUACAGCAAUGUGUACAAAGCUCGAGACAGGGACAGUGGCAAGAUUGUUGCCCUGAAGAAGGUCAGGUUCGACACGUCGGAGCCAGAGAGCAUCAAGUUCAUGGCCAGAGAGAUCAUGGUGCUCCAGAAACUCGACCAUCCGAAUGUCAUCAAGCUCGAAGGGAUCGCAACUUCGAGGAUGCAGUACAGUCUGUACCUCGUCUUCGACUACAUGGUGUCCGAUCUCACCAGGAUCAUCUCUCGCCCUUCUCAACGACUCACCGAGCCACAGGUGAAGUGCUACAUGAACCAGCUUCUUCUGGGGCUGCAGCACUGCCAUGAGAGAGGGAUUCUGCACAGAGACAUCAAGGGUUCCAACUUGCUGAUAGACAAGAAUGGGAUGCUGAAGAUUGCGGAUUUCGGGCUGGCCAAUUUCUACGUCCCUAAACCGAAACGACCGCUCACUACGAGGGUCGUCACGCUCUGGUACAGAGCUCCCGAGCUGCUGCUCGGAGCUACCGAUUAUGGCGUCGGGAUUGAUCUUUGGAGUGCUGGUUGCUUGUUGGCUGAGAUGUUCGUCGGGAGGCCCAUUAUGCCCGGAAGGACCGAGGUUGAGCAAAUCCACAGGAUAUUCAAGCUGUGUGGGUCGCCGGCAGAGGACUACUGGAAGAUCAUGAGGCUUCCGACGAGCUUCCGGCCACCGCAGCACUACAAACCGACCUUCCAAGAAGCCUUCAAGGACUUCCCAGCAUCCUCCAUUGCCCUCCUCUCCAGUCUUCUCUCCCUCAACCCUUCUUAUCGUGGCACUGCCGCCUCUGCCCUCCAAAGCCAGUUCUUCACUACAAAUCCAUUGGCAUGCGAGCUCUCUGGUCUGCCAGUGAUCCAGAAGCCAGAGGAUGAAGCAGCCAAGUCCAAUACUCGCAAGAAACGCAAGAAACCAAAGAAGAAAGCCGCCACUGGUCAAACCAGUGAAGGUAGCAGCAAGAAGCAAACUGGUUCCAUGGGGAAGGAUGACGCGGAUCAAUCUCCCAAAGAGCUGGAGAAGAUAUCAGAGGAAGAAAGCACAACACACAGCCAAGACACAGCUACAACGAUAAGCGUAUUCAGCCAGGAAGCAGGAGGGAACAGCACGAGCAGUAGUACCUCUUCCAGCCUGAAACCAGUGCGAGAAGAAGAACAGCAGCAGCUGCUGCUGCCGACGAUGAACCAGCUCGCUGGACGCAUCCACCCUUCUUUCUCUCCUGUGGGUCUCCCGCAGCUUCAGGACCGGUCAGCACUACGAACCGAGGCACACCCCAGUGCCUCGAAGAACAUCCAGAACAACUUCACCCUUCUGCAGGCCUCCGUCUCUGACAUCCUCCAUCACCAUCAUGGGUGUGGUGGGGGACGCAGCGCUGCUGCAGAUGGCCCGGGGAUGCAGCACUACCGCCGGUCGCUGUCCACUCUCGACUUCUGUGCUCUUGAUCCUGACAAGAUCUCCAAGCUCUUCGGGCUCGAUGAUGAUCAUCGAGGCCACCUCGUGAACAAGCCACGGUUUGAUGUGUAG